UUCAAAUCAAUUAAAAAACGAUUAAAUCGCAGCAAUUGAGGCCUUACUGCAUUUUGGACCAUCAUUUUAAGUUUUAAAUAACGUUGUGGGCAAAUAGCACCGCUCAAUGAUAAAAAUUAUUUUAACCAAGAGUAACAAUUCAGAAGAACAUGACAUUGUUAUAAAAAUCAGUGAUGUACGAUUGAUUUGCUUGAUGGAAAAUUAUGGAAGACGCAGCGACCAUGGCGCUUGAUUCCACAGUGAGAAGUAAAAAUUCGAGUCGUUCGAAAGAAUCGAAGGAUUCGGUGAAUUCGGAACUGAAACCAGACAGUUAUCUAGAAUCAAAAUACUCGAAAGAUGUCCUUAUCCCAGAAAAGCAGCAGCUGCAGGAACAGCAUCAGUUCUCAAAGCGCUCGAAGAAUCAGCAAGAUUUGCGGGCAGCUUCCAAAGCCAAGGACGACUCAAAUAUGCUGAUGUUUACGUCCUGUGGACAAUUGCUGCUUGGUAUUGUCUUAGUCGUCUUUGGUAUCUUGGUGCUCGUCCACGGUGCUUCUUUGGGCGGAUCUGGUGCAGGACUCUGGGCAGGUGCAGCCGCCCUAGUUGCCGGUGCACUUGGAGUGGUUGCAACAUUAGCGGCCUCGUCCACUAAAACAAAUUUUGCAUUUUCGUCCGCUCAUCUUGCGUCCAGUUUAAUCGCACUUGCCCUUUCAAACAUGGCCACUAUAACAGCAUUAACGGCGGUCGUCAGGGAUUCACAAAGGACACCGGACGUGUCAUUUCUCAGCUUUUCGGAUGAUGGUAGCGAUGUAAUGGAAAUCGAUAACGGCUUGGCGGGUUUGUUAGCAAGCAUUGGCCUAUUGGUGGCUAGCGUGGCUGAACUAUUAGUAUCCAGUUAUAGCUGCCUGACCUUGACACCGAAGUUAUGUGGCUGUCUGCGAGCGAAUUCUACCGACGAGAUGGUGAUCAACGGUCAUCUGAAGACGAGCAAUAUGGUUCAUCAGUGGGUUGUCACGCAGAAUCAUAUGCCGGCUAAGAGUCAACAACCAUCUGUCUAUUUAGUGCACCCGAUGCCAGUGCCUAUACACCCAAUGAUUCAGCCACCAUAUGGUAUGCCAUCGACACCUGGAGGAUUUGUAUCUGUUAGAUCUCUUUCAAUUUCGACACCGAUACCUAUAUUUUCUCAUAUGCCUCCGUAUUCUGGACGACCGCAAUCUCAAAUGUUCCGAUCAAAGCACAAACGUCAACCGUUCGCAAAUCAAGAAGAAACAAAGAGGCAUAUUGAAGUUAAAAAUGAAUCUUCAAAGAUGAUCAGCGAAGAUCAAAUUGAUCUGGCUCAGACUUACACGGGAUUAGACAAGAGAAUUUCCGAAGAAUUUAUUUCGAUCGCGAUGGAUCCAGAUAGAAAAUCAAAAGUUUCUAGCUGUUACGACAGUGAAAUUGGAACUUUUUGACAAAUUUCAGUUACAAUAUUUCAUGAAUUUAAUACAAAAUAUAAAAUUUGCUCAUGAUUAUAUCUAUUUUAUAUAGAUACAUUUAUUGC